AUGCGGAUAUCCAUCAUUGUCAAUAUUCUCCUUUUUUCUGGGGGCUCUGCAGCCGUCUCCCGGAGACAGAGGAUCAAGCGAGACGAGUCGAGUGAUGCCGCAUCAAGAGUAUACAGUGCCAGCUCGGCCCUAGCAUCAGUUCUGCCAUCUGCUGUUACAUUGACGACCGCGUCUACUAUCCAGUCCUCGACCAUAAUAGAAGGCACCGAGGGCAACACUCAAUCAAAUCCUGAUGCAUCAUCGACACUAUUGCAAGUUUCGACAUUGUCCACCGCCCCGAGCCUCUAUUCCUCGAAUCUGCCUUUUACAACAAGCCGUUCCUCGACAACGGCACCAAGGUCGGACAAUGGGCCCGAAUCAAGCACAACAUCCUUGUCGUUCAUAUCAUCAACAAGUACUGGCUCUAGUUUAGCAUCAACAGCCAGUGGACUUUUUUCGCAACUCGCAGAAUCAUCAACGACAUCUGUUUCCAGAGAAUUCACCCUUAUUGACACUACAUCGCAUGGACUUCCCACCUCGACUUAUUCUGCAAGCUUAGUCGAAACCUCUUCCAUCUAUUCUGCAUCAUCUGCCUUGAGCAGCUUUUCAUCACAACUUUUCUCAAGCUCACUGGAACUACCUCAAACAUCGAGCCCGACUACAAGCACAUACACCACUUCUAGUGCUGCGUCGGGCUCAAGUGGACCUGCGACGGGCAAUACAAGCCAGUCCUCGAGCGCCUCUACAAUUGCCACUGGCACCAAGAGUGGUAUAAGUAUCAGCUCUUCCAACAUUGAUUCAGCCACAAGUAAUCUGGUGACGUCGGUUACGCCCUUUACCAGCAAACCCACUACAUCAAGCACUGGACGCAGCUCGUCUGUGGUCUCGAGUCAAAUUUCACUCACAACCACAACUGUUUCCUCGUCCAAGGCGGCGGCAGGAUCAUCAACCAAUAAAGAUAGUGCGCCCACAACCACGAUUGUGUCAACUGGUAGCUCUUCUGCAUCUUCACUCACUUCGUCGAAAGCUUCCGAAUCAUUAAACUCAUCUGCUGCAAUCACUCCAACUGGAAACGUCAACACAAAUGUACCAACUGUGAUUACAAGUGUUCCUUCCUCUAGUACUACAGUAGCUGCUGAUGUGUUUGCGGCGAAUCUCGCUCAGGCUAUCGAGUACAAUUCUGUCUUUCAAACUCUGACCUACAAUUCCGCCUGUCAACAGAACCAGGCAGCAUGUAUCAAAGGCGAUAUCGGCGAAUGCACAGCCGUUGGCGUGUUCGCGAUAACAAAAUGCCCUGGGAACACCCAGUGCUUCGCACUACCGAUGAACACGACUUCUGGUGUUCAAAUUGGGUGCCAUGACCCAGCUGUGGCAGCGAGCAUUCUUGGGCCUACUACUACUGCCGGUACCUCGGAUACCUUGUCAAGCACAGCCGUGUCCUCCAGCGCGGCCGCAUCCGAAAGCAGUUCCACCACUUCCAGCAAUACUAGCGGUUCAAACGACAUCACAGUAACCAUGGUACCCCCAGCGACAACAGUGACGAGCGAGAUCAUCGUCACCAUCAGCACGGCACCGCUGACUACCCAGACUUAUGCAACAUCAACCACUUUGACGACAAAAACUCGUUCCCGAGAGUCUCAGUCUGAGCAAAUUCCUUCCAAUACGAGCACUGGUAAUGCAGAUACAACCAGCUCAACCACAGCAGUCGAGCAAUCAAGCACACCACUGUCACACACUUCUCCCGACACGACACCAACUGGCCUCGAAAUCAUCCCAAUUCAUAAGUCCAGCAAGACAUCUAGCAUCGAUAGAGCCACCAUCAAUCCAAAUGGUGGCGCCAAGGCCACUGCUCCCCGGUCGACAUUCGUCGGGCCAGUCACUGUGACGGUCAAGGAGACGGAAACUAUUACGACAACUACGACAGAUUACGAGACGACAACUGUGCGCUCGUAA